UCAAUCCUCCUGCAACGUUGCCGAGUUGCCGUGCCGAGCCGAGAGGAUAACUCGUGAUUUUCGUUGUUCAUUUCUUCAGUGUUAAGAACAGGAACCGGCUGCACGUUUUUUGAUACCUACGGCACAAUGUUUGGAGGAAAUGCGCCAAUUUUGGUGCUCAGCCAGAACACCAAGCGUGAGUCAGGUCGGAAAGUCCAGGUGCAGAACAUCGCCGCAGGAAAGGCUAUUGCCGACGUCAUUCGAACAUGCCUGGGACCCCAAGCCAUGCUCAAGAUGUUGAUGGAUCCAAUGGGAGGAAUUGUCAUGACCAACGAUGGAAAUGCCAUUCUCCGUGAGAUCACUGUUCAACAUCCUGCUGGAAAGUCUAUGAUUGAAAUUGCGCGGACCCAAGAUGAAGAGGUUGGUGAUGGCACUACCUCUGUUAUUGUUCUGGCUGGGGAAAUGCUGGGUAUAGCCGAACAGUUUCUUGAACAGCAGAUGCACCCAACUGUCAUCAUCCGCUCCUAUCGCCAAGCUUUAGAGGACAUGGUUCGCAUUUUGGAGGAUAAAGUGUGUGUGCAGCUUGAUGUCAAUGACCGGUCGAAGCUUGUUGAGGUUGUGAAGUCAUGUGUAGGAACCAAAUUUAUUGGCCGCUGGGCAGAUAUGGCAUGCUCUAUCGCUUUGGAUGCGGUACAAACAGUUGCCCUAGAGGAAAAUGGACGCAAAGAAAUUGACAUCAAGCGGUAUGCAAAGGUAGAGAAGAUCCCUGGUGGCAGCAUGGAGGACUGCACUGUUCUUAGUGGAGUUAUGGUCAACAAAGAUGUAACCCAUCCUAAAAUGAAGAGAUAUAUUGAGAAGCCACGCAUUGUACUACUUGACUGCUCCCUCGAAUACAAGAAAGGAGAAAGCCAGACCAACAUUGAAAUUAUGAAAGAAGAAGAUUUCACAAGGAUUCUUCAACUGGAAGAAGAGUACAUCCAGAGAAUUUGUGCUGAUAUCAUUGCUGUCAAACCAGAUGUUAUCUUCACUGAGAAAGGCAUUUCAGAUUUGGCUCAGCACUUCCUUCUCAAGGCUGGAAUCUCUGCUGUUAGACGAGUGCGCAAAUCAGACAACAACCGUAUUGCACGUGCCUGUGGUGCAACUGUUGUCAAUAGGACGGAUGAACUGAAGGAAGAAGAUGUUGGAACCCAGGCAGGACUAUUUGAAAUAAAAAAGAUGGGUGAUGAGUACUUCUGUUUUGUUACUGAGUGUGUAAACCCCAAAGCAUGCACCAUUCUUCUUCGUGGUGCCAGUAAGGAUGUUCUCAAUGAGACAGAAAGAAAUUUGCAAGAUGCCCUUCAUGUUGCACGCAACAUUAUGAUUGAACCGCGUCUUGUAGCUGGUGGUGGUGCAGUUGAGAUGGCAGUGUCACAAGCUUUGGCAGAAAAAGGUAAAACCAUCCAGGGUGUGUCUCAGUGGCCUUACCGUGCUGUUGCCUCAGCACUGGAGAUCAUUCCCCGUACCUUAGCCCAAAACUGUGGAGCCAACACUAUUCGUACCUUAACUGCUCUCAGAGCAAAGCAUGCUGCAGGUGGAAGUACAUGGGGUAUCAAUGGUGAAACUGGAGAAAUUACAGACAUGAAAGAGCUUGGAAUCUGGGAGCCACUGUCUGUCAAACUACAGACUUACAAAACAGCAGUUGAGACUGCCAUCCUCCUCCUAAGAAUUGACGAUAUUGUGUCUGGAUCCAAGAAGAAGAAGGAUGAUGCUGGUGGUGCUGCUCCAAUGCCAUCUGAGGAAGCAAUGAAAGAAUGAUGUGACUUAAACUUCUAGCUUUACCGUUUCCUGCUUUUUCUUUUUUUUUUAUCAACGUCUAAUAUUUUGCUACUGUUUAAGAUUGUUACUACUUAAUGCAUUUCAAGAAUAGUGUUGCUAACAAAUUUGCUAAGACGUAUCAUUUCACUUGUGUGCACUGCAUUAUUAAUAUUGCAAACAAUGGUCUGUAAUUUAUUUAUAACCGUAUUGUUGUAUGAGAUGAAAACCCCAGUGUAUUUAUGACUGUGAUUUAAGUGCAUUAGUUGUUGUCAUUUGUUCUCAUUAUUCUCAUUUACAAGAAAUUAAAUUUUUAUCUUAAUAAUA